UUUUAAACAUGUCACAGACGUUCUAUUUUUUAACAGUCGAGGAAAUAUAAAAGUCCAAAUCAGAACAAAACAAAUUUAACAUAGAAGAGCAGACUUGACGUAACCCGUUUUAGUGAGUAACGUCACGUGGGCGUGGCUUAAGUUGUAUACCACGGAAAGUUGGUAACUUUCAUGGGCUACAAAAUGCCAUCGUGUUUCUGCAGCUCUAUAAAUGGCUCCGAAGAGUCGUAUUUUCUCGUGGAGUUCUCGUUUACAUGAAUCAGCCAGUUAAGUGAAUAUUGAGCUGUUGCUGAAUCUUUAUGUACUUGAACUGUAUUCGUACGUGUGCUAAUCGUACGUGGCUACAUGCACAUGCUGUGGCAGCGGCUUCGGCUUUGAAGCUCAUCCCAAGAUGAACUGCGUGACUUUUCCCGACUAUUCCUUGCUGGAUUUAUUCUUCACGGUCUUCGGCGUGUGCACGUAUCUGUUUGACGUGGGCUCGGAUCUGUGGGUGGCGACGGUGUUCUACGUGCAUGGAGAGUUCGUGUGGUUCGGCGUCUUGGUGGGCUUCAUGCUCCUGUCAUCUGUCGUCGUUCAGCUGUUCAGUUGGUUUUGGCUUAGGUAUGAUCGCGAUUUGAAGGACUUUGAGUCUCAAGCGUCCGCCGGGAACGUAGUUCUGUUAAGUGGAGCGAAAAGAGUCAAUUUGUUGCUGUUCCUGCAUGUGUGUCAGCUGGGAUUCUUCAUCAGGCACAUAUCAGCUAUCUGGCAGGGUUUUCAUGUGUGGUGGCGAGGGGGUUUUGGGUCUGACUAUGCAGUUUACCUGACCCAUGACCUCAGCAUGCUGCGGCUCAUUGAGACGUUCUGUGAGAGCGCGCCACAGCUCACCCUCAUGAUGUACAUCAUGCUGCGCAGCAACCAUGCAAGACUGGUCCAAUAUAUUAGCCUGGUCGCCUCCACUACAUCUAUAGCCUGGAUGGUGGUUGAUUAUCAUCGAUCGCUUCGUUCAUUCCUGCCCGACAAGGACAAGCAAAAUUGGUUGUCGUCUGUGGUCUACUUCUUCUGGAACCUCUUUCUGAUUGGUCCACGAGUGGCUACGAUUGCUCUUUUUGCCUCUGUGUUGCCCUUCCACAUCGCUGCUCACUUCCUGUGUCUGUGGCUCGUCUUUGCGAUAUGGGCCUGCAUGCAGGGCACCGAUUUUAUGGACAGCUUAGCAGGGGAAUGCCUCUACCGGGCCACCGUAGGGCUCAUCUGGUACUUCAGCUGGUUUAAUGUAACUGAAGGUCACACCAGAAACAGAAGUCUGAUCUACCACACUUUUAUAAUCACAGACACCAGCAUUCUGUUGGCCACAUGGUGGUUGUACCGCGAUGCAGAGAUGACUCAGUCAUAUGCCUUGAGUCUGAUAAUCGCCAUCCCGCUUUGUUACGUCUUGGGCCUGUUGCUAAAAGGUUUCUACUAUUGGUGUUUUCACCCAAAACUGUGGCGGGCAGCAGAUUUGAGAAAAGUUGCAUAUGAUGUAACGGAUGGAGUGGAGCCGUCUGUGGACGUUCAGGCCGACGGUGCUUUGGUUCAAACCUUUAACAAGAGGAUGGGCCGACAUGCUGCUAACUUCUACACAACAAACGCCUCAUCUGCCAUUAAAGCAAAUGAAUGUAAAGCAACUAAUGUAUAAUUACUGUAAAAAUCAAUAGUAUGCAGUUUGUUUGACUGUUACAUUUUAUUAUAUUUGUAAAUUAUUGUACAUAGUGUUUUUUUGGAUAAUGUUACGGUUGAUCUGAAGUCACACGAAGCCAUCUUAAGUUAUAUUUUUAAACACUUCACUCAUGACACAAGAUUCAUUUUUGGGUUCAGGUUUGAUCCCAUUAGGAUUGAUUUCAGAAUCUAAAUGAUUGGCAUUUCCAAUUCUGUUAUCAUUCCUUCAGUGUUUCUUAACAAUGCUGGAACUUAGGCUGUUCACCUGUUAGAGACAUCUUUUUCCAAAAAGAUUGGAUCUAAAUGCACACAAACAGCCUAUAAUGCUAGCUUGUAUUAUUGGUCUCAUGUUAUGUGAGUAUUAUACCUUGUGAAAUUCCUGUAAUCUGGAUUGAACUGAAGGGCACUGUGAGUAAAGUUCAUGUUUAUGGUCUACACCUCCAAUCUAGUUUUCACUACAUUACCUGAAUCAGUAUUGUCAACACAAAUGUUUGAGGUAAUUUUAAAAGUUCUUGUAGUGUUGUAACAUUACCCAAUAGUGAAUGGUCCCUUGGGUAAUUUCCCAUCUUUAAGGCAGUAGUUUCACUUUAAUGUCAUUUGCCUGGGAAAUGCCUACUGUUACCAGUCUGGAGAUAGUGGUUAGGUCUUUUAAACGUGUCUUGUCAUGCUAUGUGGAUGGAAGCUAAUACAUCAUGGGUUAUGAUGUUAUGUCACGGUUCUGUUCAAUAAUAAAGUGACUUUUUGAAGGUCUUCACUGAAUGUUGAUAUACUAAACUCUAAGCCAGACUAUUCAGUGUCAUUUAAGUGGGUUAUUGUGUUUCCCUGUUUGUUUGUGCUAUUUGUUGUUUCCGAGUUACUAUUGCCAUGUGCUGCCUCUUGGGUUACUUGACAGCAGAUUUUGUUUACAAGCAUGAUAGAAAGCGCAGCUGGGAAUGUGUUUUUCCAGCUACUGUAGGCUUAAGCAGCUAAAACAAUUCAAAUCAUGUCUGGCACUUCUGGUAUUCCUUUAGCAUUUAAUUCGUCUC